AUCACGAUUGUUAAGCGAAAAGGACAUGCAAUCGUCAAGUUAUGAUAAUGAUGCGGAUAUAAAAAGUGUAAUGCAACAAUUUGAUGAUCAUACAUCACAACGUUUUGAAGAAUACGAAGAAAGGAUGAAAGAUAAACGCCAAAAACAUAAAGAGAAACGUGACAAAAAUAUAGAACAAAUUAUUAAAAAAGAUAAAAUGGACAAAUCAUUAGCAGAAAAAGUAGAAAUAGGUUGUCUCAGGUGUGGGUGUGGGCUAGGAGGUGUUGCAGCAAGUGUUGGAAUAUUUGGUUCAGUUGCUGUAAAUGAGUUGACAAAAGCU